AUGGCUGAGCAACACUCAACAUCACUUACUCAACUGGCUACGCGGUAUAUUCCUCCUUGGAAGUCGCCCUAUAUUAUCGGUAUCGCCGGCUUUUCAGGCUCUGGUAAGACUACCGUAGCUCAGAAAAUCAUACAAGAGAUCAAUGAACCUUGGACAGUCUUGUUAUCUCUAGAUAAUUUCUAUAGACCUCUUACCAAGGAACAAAGUGAUAUGGCUUUUGUUAAUGAGUGGGAUCUCGAUAGACCUGAAGCCAUUGAUAUGGAUAUGAUUUAUGACUGUAUCAAGUCUCUCAAGGAAGGUAAGAAGACCAAGAUUCCAGUGUAUUCCUUUGCUAAACACGCCCGAACUGGUCAAUAUAUUACUAUUUAUGGAGCAAAUGUCAUAAUAAUCGAGGGUUUGUAUACAUUGUACAACCCUGACUUGCUCAAAUUCAUGGAUUGCAAAGUAUAUGUGGAUACUGAUUUGGACAUCUGUUAUACCAGAAGAUUGCUUAGAGACAUGGCUGAAAGAGGCCGUGACCUCAGUGGCAUAAUCAAGCAGUGGGAUUCUUUUGUCAAGCCCAAUUCAGUGCGUAAUGUCAGACCAACUAUGCAGAACGCUGAUGUAAUUAUUCCUAGAGGCUCUGAUAACACAAUAGCCAUGGACUUUCUAAUCGAGCACAUCCGCAGACAACUCGACGCCAAGAGUGCUGAGCACUUGGUUCAAUUGAAAGCAUUAGGGAACGAAAUACGGCCAAUUGACCUGUCUAAAGUCCACGUUCUUCCCUCUAAUAACCAGAUAAAGGUUAUAAAGACAAUUCUACUUAACAGAGACACUUUGAAUGACGAUUUCAUAUUCUAUUUCAAUCGUGUGGCAUCCACUUUGAUCACUCAUGCUCUGGAUUUUGUUGAGUAUGUCCCCCAUUUAGACGACCCACCUCAGCCCGUCAUAACUCCUACUGGAGCUGUGGUUAAAGAUACUAUAUUUAUUAAGAACGAGAUUAUCGCUGUCGACAUCAUUCGGGCUGGCGAUUGUUUUAUUCCCUCCCUUAAAAAGAUUAUUCCUGGAGUCAAAGUAGGAAAGUUACUCAUUCAAUCGGACUCCAGAACUGGGGAGCCUCACCUCCAUACAGAGAAACUGCCUGAUCUCAACAAGAACUGUAAUGUUCUUCUCUUUGAUGCUCAAAUAAUCUCGGGUGCUGCUGCCACGAUGGCUAUUAAAGUGUUGAUUGAUUAUGGCGUUCAGGAAAGUAACGUGAUAAUGUGUUCGUACUUGGCCUCGGAAACUGGUGUCAGAAGGAUCACCAAUGCUUUCCCCGAGAUAACUGUUGUUGCGGCAACGUUAUCGCAUUCAAAUCACAGCUUAAAGGAAGUGGAUCACGAUACAGACUCUUGGAUGGCCAACAGAUUUAUAGAUUCCAGGUAUUUUGGUACAGACUAA